AUGGGCAGCAGGGUACUAGAAGCAGAAGACAAAGGCGAGAUACAACUGGAAGCCGUAGGUCAAUUCCAGCCGAGCAGCGAAGUACCGAAACAGGAAGCAGAAGGAAGUCCAACGAACAGGCCUAGGUCCGGAGGCAAUCCGGGUCAAACAAAGGAAUAUGAAGAGGAGGAACAGGAAUAUGAAGAAGAAGAAGUAGUAGAAGAGGAAGAAACAGAAGCAGAACCAGUUCCAGAGCCACCUAAAUCUGCACCUCCUCCAGUCACUGCUCCACCACUUAUUCGACGAAAAUCAUCAGCCAAUUACCGUUCCUAUGCCACUGAGCCUCAUGCCAAGAGAAAACCAAAGAUUUCUGCAUCGCGGAAACUGCAGUUGAAGAGUCUGAUGCUUCAAAUUGCCAAAAAUGAGAUGGAACAGGAGGAGGAAGAUAGAGCUCGAGAGAAAGAGAAAGUCUUGGCCGAACGAUGUGAACCACUUCAGCUUUCUGGAUUGUCACUUUCUGAGCUUCAGGAUCUGUGCAGAGAGCUUCAUGCCAGGAUUGAUGUUGUGGAUGAAGAAAGAUAUGACAUGGAAGUUAAAGUGAAUAAAAAUGUUAUUGAGAUUGAGGACUUGAAUCGAAAGAUUUUAGACCUCCGAGGAAAGUUCAAACGCCCAACACUGCGGAGAGUACGUUUGUCAGCAGAUGCCAUGAUGCGAGCACUUUUAGGCACGAAACACAAGGCAGCCAUGGAUUUAAGAGCCAACCUCAAACAAGUUAAGCAAGCCAAAAAAGAUGAUACAGAUAAGGAUAUACGGGAAGUUGGUGACUGGAGAAAAAAUGUUGAUGCCCUUAGCGGAAUGGAGGGCAGGAAAAAGAAAUUUGAAUCCUCUGGCGCUGUGCAGUCCUAAAAAGGUCAAAAGGUGGAUAAGACAGCAUCAUCCUGCCAGGACCCAGUGCACCUUUGUUGAGAUGCUUUUACUAUUUUAAUACACAGUAAU